AUGCAUUUGGAGCAUGCCGUUUUUGGCGACGGACGCACAGGGCGCUUAUUCUUUGGUGUGACUUGUGAGGGCGGAUGUGAGCAGCAAACCAUGGGAAUGGAGUGGAUGACUGAGAUGGUCCAGGUCCAGCUGAGAUGUCUCGGAAAGUGCCGCAAUUCGCCUUUCCAGCUGAAUCUAAGUUACAGCACACUCCAUAUUGUUGCGAGUACCUAUGCCCAUGGGCCAGUUCCUAGGGGCGGAAAGACGCGGGAAGUACUGCCUUUGCCAGUAGCAGCUGCAGUUUCCUUCCGACCCGCACCUUCGAUCGGUCUGGGCCGCUAA